CUACAUAUCAACAAAUUUUUUUUUUUUAGAAUUUUCCUAACAAAUGUUUCUUGCAGAUUCUCGGAAGUGGCACGUCUUGUCUCUGUACAUUGGUUGGAUAUUCGUGGAAGAAUAGGAACAGAAAUGUUGUCACCAAAGACAAAUUAUGCUGCUUAUUUGGUGUUUAAAUUGGUAGACCAAAAGUCCUAUGGACUUGAAUCUGCUAAUGCAAUCGUUAGGUUUGUUAAUUAUGAGACCGACUCUGAAACUGAAAAACAAGCCAACACAGUGCAACUUGAAACAUUGCCCCAAGACAGAAGGAUUUUUGGAGGAAAUCAUAAUCAACAGAUUAUAGCAAGUGGGAAAAAUCCAAAAAUGAGAGGAGAUGGAUGGAUGGAAGUAGAAUUGGGAGAUUUUAAUAGCAAGGAAGGUAUUGAUGGACCUAUUGAAGCAAGAUUGAUUGAGAUUAAACGUCUUCAUCCAAAAGGUGGACUCAUUGUUGAAGGAAUAGAGUUUCGUCCCAAAAUAAUCGAAUACAAGUUAGAGGCGGAUAUAGAAUUUUAAGUUUAUGAGUUACAACUAUAACUCUUUUUGCUUAUUGGGUUCAAGAUAUAUUUCUUUAUACUUAUUGAUUAACUAAAUAUCUUAGUACAAAUGUAGGGUUUGAGUCAAAGUUACUGGGUUCUCCGAACUCGUAGCUCUAUUAUGGCUCCGCCCCUAGAAGUUAUUAUAAUGUAGUUGAACUGCGCACAAGUUUGGCUCGGAUACCAUGGCUAUUUUAUUUUUAUUUGAAAAAAAAAAAAUU